AAAACAAUAUUAAAGUCUUAAAACUUUGUAAUUCAUUGCGUGCAACAUUUUUAUGCCUCCACCUACAAAGCUCGGGAAAACUCUAUUUUGUUGUCUUUCCUUUCCCACGAACAAGUAUUUUUAACCUGUAAAUCCAGAGUCCAAAUUUCGUUUUUUUCGCAAAGUAGCAGACACAUAAGAACAAUUUCCGCGGCAUCCAACAAUUUAUCAGGAAUCACUGGUCUUUGCUUGUGGUCUAGCCAGGGUGUAGUUUUGUAUUAACACAUUGUUUAUACAUUGUGUAACGUCUUAAGGAGACUCCAGAGCUGAAAAUAAUGGCGGAAAUAAAGAGAGAUGAGUUGCCCCUUCCAGCACUCUUCGAGCAGGCCAGAAAAAUUUAUUCCGCGGCAUCAGAUUCUACCGUGGAUCAGGGUAAAUUAAAACGGGCUUGUGAUCUAUUGCAUCAAUGUGAGGCUAUGAUUGAUCGGCUAGGAUUAUUCUCAUCAAAUGAGGAAAAAGAGGACAUCAGUACAGCAGAUCUGAAAUACUUGCUGGUACCUUAUUAUCUUGGAGAAUUAACAGAGAAAAUUCAGAAUUCUGACAGACUCCAGAUUAUCAAGACUUCCCAAUUGCAUUUGAGGGAGUUUGUUUCAAUAUGCGAGAAGCUAGAACUUGUUCCCAAAGAAGAACUUAUUGUUCAAGAUUGUUUGGAUACACCUGAAUCAAGGAGACAGAAAAAGGUAGCCCGGUUCAAAAGGCAAAAAGCUACAGAGUCAAAGCUUCAGGAUAUAAUAGAAAGGAAAGAACGUCGCAGCCGGUCCAUGCAGGCAGCCGCUAUUGCCACUACCACUGAGCAUGGAGAGGAAGCCAUGUUAGAUGAUGACGGUGAGGAAGAAAGAGAGGCCUGGCUUACUACAAUUUCAUUGGCAUUAUGUAAGGUCCUGGAUCUUCUAGAUGGGUUGAAGAAAGAGGAGGAACUUGUUUCUGGCAUGAUGGAAAAUAAUAAUCAGAAUGGCCAAAAUGAGUUGAUGAGAACACUGCUUGAAGAGCGAUUGAAAAAAGCAGAGGCAUGGCACAUGAAUGCAGCAAGGAGAUCACAAUUUGAGAAGCCAAUGCAGCCUAUCACAUGUGCUACAUUUGCUACGGAUGUCCUUGAAGGAAGAGCAAAUCCGCUACAUGCAAAUGAACAUAAACAUAGGCCUCUGUUGUUUGGACCUCGCAGUCAAAUAAGUGGCAACUUAGCCACUGAAAGAGAGCAAAUUGCUGCUCAAGUGUUUCAGCCAAGGCACAGGCUGCCUACGAUGAGUAUUGAGGAGGCUGGAAUGCGGGAAAUGGAGAUGAUGAAUAAGUGGCAAGAGCAAAAUGCAAAAUAUCUGGAAGAGGCAAAUUCCUCUUGGUUUAGAGAUGGUCAAAAGGAAGUGACAGAUGGUGAUGAAGCUGAGGAAGAAAAGGCCAGGGCUUGGGAUGACUGGAAAGAUGAUAACCCUCGAGGAGCUGGAAACAAGAAGCUUACUCCAUGUGGCUAAGUUUGUUAUAUAUAUAUAUAUAUAUAUUUGGAAAAUCCUGAUGAGCUUUCUCAGAUGUGUACUUACAUAUUGUACAGGUGUUUUCUAUCAUUAUCAUAUCAGCAUUUGCUUUUUCAAACCUAUAGGCUGCUUGUUUUCCUCUGUUGCAGGAGUACUAGGAAAAAUAGGCUAUUGGUUUAAUAUGCAUGUACCAGUUGUUGAUUGAUCUUUUCUACCGUUUUAAAAUACUCAUUUCUUGUAAUUUUGGGAACCAUAUUUUAUCUCAUGAAAAGUCACUCUCGUCGUAAAUUUUAUCAUCAUUAAUACUAUAAUUUAUGAGCAAGUCUAUCCAUCUUAUUAGAUGUUA